UGCUCGUUGUCCAUGGUGUUGAGGUUGUGCGUCCCCAGAGAUGACCGGACCCACUUCCCCUUAGCCUAAGCCAGGGUCCAGCGUGACCGGGCCUUCGUACCUGCCUGUGCUCAACUUUUACGAAUAGCCAAACAAACCUCAGCAUGCAGUCGCUCCCUUCUCUCUCCGCCAUGAAGCGGACACAAUGAACUCGUCACGCGCAUUCACCCGGACGACGCAAAACACCUUCCGCAAACCCCUCGACUUCCUCAGCAAUCUCUCGCGGAACCCGGUACAGCUCCCAAAGGACAGAAAGAGAAAGGACAGCAACGUCCACAGGCGGAACACCAGCGCCAGCUCAAUCGACGACACGGACCACUCUGACGUCGAGUUCUACGCGCAGAUGGAGACGUCACGGCGGAGUCACUCGACGCAGAACUCGCAGUCGGAGCUGCAGCCUGCGGUUCCAUUGAUCGAUAUUGGGAGUCGCAGCAAUAGCCCAUACCCACGCAUUCGAAGCGCCGCACAAAGCGAAGACGAAGACGAUGAAUACGAGCCCGCGAGCAGCAUACGGCCGUUGGUUAGCCACGACGUGGGCAGAGGAAGCCAUGCCUUUCGCGGCUUUUGGCAACAAGGCGGGCCUGGGGCUUUCUUUUUCAGCACAUGGAGGGGCUGGCAGGUCUGGGUCGGAUUGCUGGUCUUUUGGGUUGGCGGAUGUAGUUUUGGGCUACUGCUGAUGAAUCGCUUCAUCAUGUUGACGGGUGUCUACAAAUUCCCAUUCCCCCUCACCCAAUCCUACGCCCAGCUCAUCAUCACGCACAUCCUUCUAAUACUUGUUUCGAGUCUUCUACGCUUCUCUAGCAACCCUCUGCACUUCAUAGGCUUUGGUGCCGCUGUGCCGCCUUCGCAGCCAGCUGCGCCCCAGGGAGGAGCAUUCAGAGGCAACAAGAAGCCUGGCAUAUAUGCCUUUGCAAGAUGGCUGUCGAAUGGAUCGGGAGGCAUUGCUGGUGGAGGCCUGUUUGAGUUUGACUGGCAAAUCGCGAAACAGGUGCUACCACUUGCAGUAGUCUUUGUUGUGAAGGUGCUGCUCAGCAACUUCUCGUUUGCCUACGCACCUCUACCAACCUACCAACUCGCCCGCAUUGGCAUAACCCCCCUCGCCAUAAUCUUCUCCUGCAUCCUCCAGAAAGAAAAUGUGAACGGCAGCAUCCUUUCCUCCGCCCUCGUUGCAACCCUCAACCUCUUCUUCGCGUCCUACCGCUCAAACGUUCGCGUCACCUGGGAAUCCGUCGUAGCUGGCGUCUUCUCAUCCAUCUUCGUCGCCCUAUAUCCAAUCCUCCUUCUACGCACAUACCGCAAGAUUGUUGCUGGUUUGGUACCUGUAGGCGAUGUGCUCACCGGAUACCCUAGUGGCUCAGAAGAGCCAGGCAACAGGGAGGAGACUCGCGCUUUUUACCGCACCUUACACUACACAUCACUGGUAUCCCUCAUGCUCCUCACACCCAUUGUGAUCCUCUCCGGUGAGGUUCCUCAUAUCUACCACAACAUUCCCUUCCUCGACGUACCCUUCUUCUGGGCCAUGAUGCUGUUCGGCGGCAUGGGCUCGUGGGCUGUCUUCUCAGGCACAUUAUUGCUUGUCAAGGCAACGUCUCCAUUGACAGCGACGUUUGUGGCCGUUCCACGAAGCGCUUUCCAGCUCGUUGCUAUCACUCUGUUCAAGAGCCCAUCACAGACUUGGAUUGGCGUUAUCCUAUGCUGGAUCAGCAGUCUGUGGUUCCUUGUUGCGAGACGGGAUGAGGGAAGAAGUAGGGAUCGGUUGAGAUUGGAGGGUCGGUAACAGGUGCAUGAUGUUGGCUUGGCACAUACGAUCUUUUGCCGACCUUCAUGGUUCAUUUCCUCGUUCUAGGAUAUAGCAUUCAUAUAUUCAUCUUGCAUAGCGUAGCAUCUGAUACCAUUAUUGAUUGUACCUUUCACCACAUUCUCAUCUUCCUAUGAGCAUUGCAGCUUGAUAUGUCAAGCUUGGUAAUCGAGCCGUUGAGGUGACGCGGUUACAGGAAGCGCUAUGCUGGGUAUGCAUGACCAUAUUAGAAACGAAAGACCUAUGCGACAGUCCCAGUGUUGCAUUCUUCAGCCAGUGAAUGUAAGCUUGUUCAUUUCCUG